AUGGCGCCCGCGCCUACGGUGCCGCCGCCCUGCUCCCUCCGCGGCCCCGAGGCCAAGACCAACUUCCCCCUCGGCCACGGGUCCGCCAUCCCCUCCUCCACCGUUGCUGCCGCCGUUGCCGGAUUCCCCUUCCUCCACCACCCCCAUAAUUUAGCCUCGCCGCCCGAUCUUCCGCCGCCGCAGCGGCCGACGUCCAGCAGCCUGAGGAGCACCGUGGAGUCCUUCAACAGGCGCCGGCUGUGGGCGCCGCCGCUCUCUCUCCGGUCCUCCUCCCGCCUCCGACAUCCGGCCAACCCGCCGCCGCCCCACCAUCGGAGUACUACCGGGGCCAAAGCCGCCCUGGCCGAGCUUGUGGGAAGGGAAGAAGGAGGCGUAGUGCACUAG